AUGUCACACUGUGUAAUGUGGCUGAGUCUAGCUCCACCACCUCAAGUCAAACCAGACCGGCUAGAACAGUCACAGAAACUGAACUUUUGGACGUGUAAUGCCUUCAAGCGGGAUUCAGUGGAAGGAAAUAUCGCGGCAGGAAAGUCGACUUUAGUGCAACUUCUGGAGAAGCAGAGCGCCGACUGGGAAGUAAUACCCGAACCGAUCGCCAGAUGGUGCAACGUUCACACGACGACGGGCGACGACUUUGAGGAGCUGACGACAUCACAGAGAUGUGGAGGCAAUGUUUUACAGAUGAUGUAUGAAAAACCGUUGCGGUGGGCUUACACCUUCCAGAGCUACGUAUGUAUCAGCCCUGUGCGUGCCCAGAUCAAAUCAGCCAAUGGGAAGCUCCGGGAAGCUGAGAACCCUGUACAGUUCUUUGAGCGCUCCAUCUACAGUGACAGGUACAUCUUUGCCGCCAAGCUCUAUGAGAGCGGGUCUAUGACUGAGACAGAACGGUCCAUCUACCAGGACUGCCACAGCUGGCUCCAUGAUCAGUUUGGCAAAAACAUCAAGCUGGAUGGGAUCAUUUACCUCAGAGCGUCACCAGAGAGAUGUUUGGAGAGACUGCGCCUGAGAGGCAGACAGAAGGAGCAAGACAUCCCUCUGGAGUAUUCGGAGAAGCUGCACUUUAAGCAUGACAGCUGGCUGCAGCACAGGACCAUGAACAUAGACUUUGAAUACCUCAACGAUGUGCCGAUCUUAACGAUGGAUGUGAAUGAUGAGUUUAAGGGGGAUAAAAUCAAGCUCACCGACAUGAUUGAGAAGGUGAAGGAGUUCUUAAGCACGUUGUAGUGCUGCCCUCAUGACAGAAGGUUUGAUCGACACUGAAAGGAACAAGACGAAGAAUGAAUUUUAACAUGAUGAAAGGCUUCAACCAUGGCACAACUGACUUUUUUUUUCCUGACCUGUACCAGGUUUAUAUUUUAGUUAAAAAGGUCACGCUCCUGGCUUGUGUGUUUAUUGGCACAUUAAAUUUAAGUGGGUUUUCAUACGUUUCGUGGGAUAGCAGACCUUCGUCCUGCAGUUU